AGUCAUCACUGUCUUUAACGAGCUUCCCUUUUGCCCUUUGCCUUGUCUUCAGACUUCAGAGUAUUGAAGAGUUUUGGGUGCUCUGAGGAAUCGGAGAGAAGAGGAUUAGAGGAGGCUGAUUAGUGAGAUUUUAUGUCGGCUUGUUUUGAUUUGGUGUUGAUUGGGGCUCUGUUGCAGCAGCUCUGGAUUUUAUCUUCAGAUUUUUCUUCGUCUUCUUCUUCUUCUUGCUCUUGUUCUGGUUCAAAGGCUUGUUUUGCCAUCUGCUUUAUGCUCCUCUGCUGGUUCUGGCAGAGAUUCAGCUUGGUGCACCCGCCGGUUUCGAUGAGUUUGAAACCCGUAAGGGCUUGUUCUGGAAUACAAAGCAUUCAACCUUUUCAUAUAAAGCGAUUUUCUUUCCUCUUCUUAUUCCUGAGAGUGGAUCUUACCUAAUACCUCCCUCAUCUUGAAUCUCAAACACCAAUUUUUGUUUUUUUUUUCCUGGUAAAAUUUGGGGUUUUGGAGAGGGUUAUCUUUCAACUCGUUACUGAAAAUGACUGAGCUUCGUAAACCACGGCUCAUUCAAAAGAAUAGUUUCAAGAAGUCGAAGAGGGAGCAACAGUUUCCUGCAGAAGAGCCCAAGAUGGUGAGGAAGGUUCGGAUAAUCUGCUCUGAUCCUGACGCUACUGACGACUCAUCUUCCGAAGAUGAAGGGAUUGACCGAAAGUUUUACAAACGCGUUGUGAAAGAAGUCACUCUUCCGUUUCAUUUCACAAGGCCAGCUAAGCUGGUUGUUGAGCAUGAGACUUCUUGCAACAAUGGAAUCAAAACCCCAACGCCUAAACCCAAGUUCGGGGUUUGGUCUAAAACCCCGAAGAAACCAACCAAUUCACCCUUCAGAGGCGUGAGGCAAAGGAAAUGGGGCAAAUGGGCAGCUGAAAUUCGUGACCCUUUCAACAAAACUCGGGUCUGGUUGGGAACCUACAACACUGCUGAGGAUGCUUCAAAGGCCUACGAGGAGAAGAGGCUCUUUUUCGAAAAGAUGCUCUCUCUGGCCACAGCGUCUGAGGUCUGCUCUGAGAAAAGCAACACCACCACGGCCACCUCUUGUUCUGUCGCUCGGUCUGUCAACAACGCCCAACAGCCUGCUGUUUCGUCCGAGGAGGAAUCCGACUGCGUCUACUCCCAAAGGUCUCCUGCUUCAGUUCUGGAUGUCGAGACUUGUGCUUCCAACAACAUUCGUAGUAGUGGCGAUUCGGACAGUGGUGGUGAUAUGGAGAAUGAAGAUGUUGGGACUAAUGCUCUUGGGCAACUGCCCAUUCCCAACGACUUGGGAUUCAUGGACGAGCAGCAAUUUGGGCCGGAGCUCAACUUUGACGGGAUUGAACCACUCAGCUUUCAAGCGGAGAUUGACUCUCUGCUUCUGGAGGAAAUUGGGCAGUUUUUCAACGAAUUUGGUAGCAUUGAUGAUGUCCAUAUCGGUGGUUUUGAAGGAAAUGAGCCCAGCAAUCUUCCUGAUUGUGACUUUGACGACCUUGGCAAGGACGACUUUGCUGGGUGGAUGUCUGAAACCUCCAACGUACAUUGCCAAUAAGUUUUGCAGCUAGAUAUAUAGCUUAAAUGUCUCUUAUUAUCAUAUAAGUUAUCGGUUUUGAAGCCCGUAGGUGAAUCCCAUGAACUCGUUAACUUGGGUUCUUGAGAGAGUGGUGGUUAUGUGAGAGUUUAUUUAUUAAUUUGUUUGUUCAAGCGAGAUUAGUGGCAUGUGCAGCAGCAUUGUAGGGUUUUAGUAUAAAUCCCUUUGGGUUUUCUUGUGCUAUUAGAGCUUUCCAAGGGUUUAUGCUUAUCGAUCUAGAUUAAGAGUCUGCACAUAGUCCUCUGUAUCUCUUACUUUCCCGGUAAUGUAGCAAGUAUGAAAUGAGUUAUUGCAAGUUAUA